AUGACUUCCAUCAGCGGACCCUCCCUGGCAGAGGAGGAAGCCAAUUCGACAUUGAGCGGUUCUAGCGGUGAUGAGUCGAGGUCCAAGAAGCGGAGGAGGGAGAAGCACCAAAAGAUAUCGUGUGAAAUGUGCAAGACGCGCAAGGUGAAAUGCGACCGCGCUGAACCGGCCUGUUCGUGGUGUGCGCGACAUAACAAAGCUUGUGUCUAUCUUGAACGGCAGAAACCAGGGGCCGCAAGGAAUGGGUUUAGUAUUGAGCUUGAGGCCAAGGUCAAUAGGAUUGAUGCGUUGCUUCAAGCGCUGGGACGGAGAGUGGAAGAGCAUAUUGUUCAAGAUCAUUCUCCUGUUGUUUCGCCGGGUGGGAAUGUCAACGGUUAUGCUUCGACGAUUGAUAGUCGGAUUACACCUGCGACGCUCCCAAGGCAGUCUUCGUUCUCGCAGGCCAAGUCGCCAGCUGUUACGAGUCCGUGGCAGGUCACCAAUAGCCAGAAUGGUGGUCCAUCACAAACUCAACAGCACGGAACCAGUGCAGGAACACCAGCUCAGACGAACAUCCCAACACCAUCAGCUAUACCACGAAACCCGUCUAUCCAGUCUUACACCAUCGAUCUACCACCACACGACAUCAUCUACAGUCUAGUGGACCUCUACUUCAAGCACUGCGGAACGUGGUGUCCUAUCCUCGAGCGCAAAACCAUCUUUGCCACCUUCUUCGGCUCAACGUCAAUGGAGGAACCUGAUCGGAUAUUACUCUAUGCCAUCGUAGCAACCACGUUGCGCUUUCUCAAGGACCCCAGACUAUCUCCUGAGAUGAGUGCAUACUAUCACUCAGUCGCCAAACACACUGUCCAACUUUACGCAAUGGAGCAUACCACCGUUCCAGCAUUAAGAGCUCUCGUUAUCAUAACUCUCGAUGAACUAGGAACAUCAAACGGCCCACGAGGAUGGAAUCUUUUAUCCUUACUAGCCCAGAACGCAAGACAACUAGGUCUAUGUGAAGAAAGCAGCGUCUUCCUAUCAGCCGAAGCAUCAGAAGUCACCCACACAGCAUCAUCCCAUAGAGUAGCCGCCAGCAAACCCGAAUCCUGGAUCGAAGACGAAGGUCGUCGACGUUUGUACUGGAUGAUAUUCCUCCUCGACCGCUACGCAACAAUCGCCACACCCACCUUUGACUUUGUUCUCUCCGACACCAAAAUCAACCGCUUCCUACCAUGUUCCUACGAUCUCUUCUCCAAGAACGUUCCCGUCGAAACACGCUCCUUGAGCGCGUGCAAUAACAAACAAUCCCCCAUCAUGACAUAUCUCGUCAACAAGCCCGAGAAUCUCGGCAGUUUCGCGUAUCAUUGUGAGAUUCUUGUUAUUCUUAGUAGAAUACAUGAGUUUCUGAAGAUGCCGGUUGAUGUCACCUCUGCGAGCGACAUGGCAGAGUGGCGGAAUACGUAUCGGAAUCUUGAUCGCACGCUGGAUGGCUGGUUGCAGAGCUUGCCGAGUGAAUAUAGCAAGAUUUCUGCGCUGUGUCAUUCUGAUCCUGCGAGUCGGGUUGCGAAUUGGUUUAUGUUGCAUAGCGCGUAUGUCACGGCUGCUGUACGAUUACACUCCUCUGCAGCAUAUCCAACAGUACGAUCUCACAUUUUUGUUCCGUCACAUUACGCGAUGCAGAGAUGUUUGUCAGCUGUCCAAAGCUUAGGGGAUAUCACGCGUGAUGUGCUUGAAGCAGAUGGUCUCAACCUUCUUGGACCCUCGUUUGCGUUUUCACUUUGGGUUGCUGCGAGAUUAUUACUUGUUCAUGCUGCUACGGUUGGAUGUACGGUGGAUUCACAGAUUGAUUUCUUUAUUGAGACGUUGAGGGAUGUUGGACAGCAUUGGGAGGUGGCGAAUAAUUAUUCUAAGAUUCUUCAGCGUGUUGUGCAGAGGGCGAGACAGGGGGAUAUGGGAUUCUCGGCGAUGCGAAGGAGCGCGUAUGACUUGGUCACCUUGACAUCCACUGCACGACACUCAGGCUUAGAAGCUACAUCAACACAAGCUACGUCGCUAAGUGAGCUAGAUAACAUCGAUGUCUUCGAGUUCUUCAACUAUCCACGUGCCUCUAUGAGUUCAAAUGCGCAGUCGCAGUUACAGCUGCAACCGAUGCGGACACAGGAGAGUCGGAGCAACGGAGCACCUGAUCCUGAAGCGGACUGGUUGGCUUUUGGAUCGCCCUUCACCUAG